GCCAUUUUACGACACGUAACGGAAUUGUUGACGGAAGUAAAACAGAAUGCAAGAAACACGUUUCUGUUUGCAUACUUUAUUAGCGUCGCUUAUCAUCAACUGACCAAUAAUUCACGCGCGUGUGAUAAUAAAGUGAGACAAAUGUCGUGGCUUUAAAAAAAAACGUAUUACUCGGUACCAGAGCUCAGUGCAAUGCAGCGCACUUGUGACUGCACGGAUGUGAGCUCAACGCUGAACACGAGCUCACCUGGCUCUGAAUUCCGUGUGCUCCUGGGGGUCACCGGCAGCGUUGCUGCUCUUAAGUUGCCUUUGUUAGUGUCACGACUUCUCGAAAUACCAGGGAUUGAUGUACAGGUAGUCACUACAGACCAUGCCACCCAUUUUUACAAUGCUGCUGAAGUUCCAGUCCGUAUCUACACCGACAAGGAUGAGUGGGAGAUGUGGAAAACACGCUCCGACCCUGUGCUGCACAUAGAGAUGAGACGGUGGGCCGACCUGCUAGUCAUUGCUCCUUUGGAUGCAAACACACUUGGCAAGAUAGCCAAUGGGAUUUGUGACAACCUUCUGACAUGCAUUGUUAGAGCAUGGGAUACCAGUCGUCCUCUACUCUUUUGUCCUGCCAUGAACACAGCCAUGUGGCAGCAUCCGAUCACUUCCCAGCAAGUGGCCACGCUUCAGGGCUUUGGUUACGUGGAGAUCCCCUGCAUUUCUAAGAAGCUGGUCUGUGGAGAUGAAGGUAAAGGUGCAAUGGCAGAGGUGUCAACUAUUGUGAAUGCCAUCCAACAGUAUCUUCAAAAACCAGCUGUUUAAAUCACAGCACAAGAGCAUAAACACUGAAGUUAGAAUGUAUCUUGUUAUAAAAGUAUAUAAUGACACAAUAAGCAUAAAUGUUUGAUGAAUAGAACAGAUGAAUGGUAUAUUGACAACAGCUUUUAAAAAUGACUUGCCUAUUUAAUAUAAUUCAAUAGAAAUUGCAAGUCUAAUAAUUAAAAAAAUGCAAAGCAUUUUGAAAUGUAGCCAUUACUUAAAAGUCUAUAAUUAAAUUAUAAAAGAUAUCAUCAGUUUCCAUUUCUGUUAUUGCUCAAAAGUAUUGCUCAACUCUGUUCCCGGUCAUGUUCUUGAGUUUAUUUCAUGUUUUUGGUUCGUCCCCUCUCCCAUAACAUCUACUUUUUUUUUUUACAGACCUGAGACAUAGGCUUUUUGAAUGCUUUUUAUAAUAUUGUUUUUCAUUUAUUUUUUUAGUGUUACAUAUUCAAUUGUGGGAAUAGCACAUGUUGUGCUUUAGAAAGCUCUCUCAUCAAAACUAAUUGUGCCAUACAUUUCUGUAUGUAUCUGUUUUCUUAAUAAGGUUUGAAUAAGAGCUGUGUCAUGGAGAUGUUAUUGUUAGCUUACCGAAGUCACCAUCUUUCUUGAAUAUUAAUUACAUGUUCAGUUUAAACCAUGUUGAUGAGGAAUAAAUGGUAUUUAGUUGAA